CCGGGCUCCAGUCGCUGGUCUUCAGCGCAUGAAGUUCCCACUCCAUAGCCCCAGACCUCUGAGAUCUUCUGGAAUAUUCUUAACCUGCUCUAGGGCUGAACUUUGGAAAAUGUUUGUCGUCGUGAUCCUAUGCUUCUGUCCGAUCUUAUUUUCGUCUGGACAGGAGUGCUCCACCCGUGCUGAGCUGCAGAGCUCUCUGAAGCAGGUCCACAAGCUGCUCUCCGCCCACGAGGCGUCCUACACCCAGAGCUUGCGUGCCCUCCGCAAGAAAAUCAACCUGCUGCAGCAGACCACCGCCAAGCACGCCUCCCGGACCACCAACAGUUCCUGUCCAAAGCUGGACGUCCCGGUCAACGGCCGGAGGCUGGGCAAGGCCCAGGCGGUGGGCCACGAGGUCCACUUCACCUGCGACCCUGGGUACACCCUGGGGGGCCCGGAGACACGGGUCUGCCAGGAGAACCUGACCUGGAGCGGCCAGGGGGCCGUCUGCCGAGACGUCAACGAGUGUGCGUCGUCCCCCUGCCUCAACGGAGGGUCUUGCUCGGAUGAGGUGAACCAGUUUUCGUGCACGUGUGCCAAAGGCUGGACCGGAGUGUCCUGCCAGAACGCGGCUCCGUCAUUCGUCAGCUCCGUGACGAACGUGACCGCGGGCUCCUCCCCCACCGCCGCUGCUGCUGCCCCCUCUCUGCCGGCUGACGCCAGUGCGGCGCAUACGCGUCCGUCACGCUGCACCCAGGUCCAGGGGACCACCCACUGCACCUGCGAGCCGGGGUACACCAUCUCUGGGCGGGACAGCACCACCUGCACAGAUAUUGAUGAGUGUGAGGUGUUCCAUAACGGGCAGGCGGGAAGGAUCUGUCACCACGCCUGCAUCAACACACCUGGAGGCUACCGCUGCGUCUGUCCCGCCGGCUACGAGCUGACGCGCGACGGACGCAGCUGCAAAGACAUGGACGAGUGUGCCAUCAGGCAGAACAACUGCACCAGGGAGCAGGUGUGUGUGAACACGUACGGAGGUUUCCAGUGCGUCCGCGUGGAGUGUCCUCGCAUGCGCAAUGCCACCUACGUCAAAACUGCCCCGAUGCGCUGCGAGCGGAACCCGUGUCCCGUGGACAACAAGGCGUGUCCCCUGGCGCCCAACUCCUUCUCCUACCACUUCCUGUCCGUGGUGUCCAACCUGUCGGCGCCGCGCGUCAUGUUCCGCGUGUCGGCCAUGAGGCCCAUGGGCGACGCCCUACGCUUCUCCCUGCUGGGGGGCAAACUGGCCCGCCGCCACUUCACCGUGCAGCGGUCGGACCGCCAGACGGGUCAGCUGAUGCUGGUCACGCCACUGGCCGGUCCCGUCACCAUGGAGGCGGAGAUGGAGAUGACGGAGCUGGAGAGACGCGUGGUGCUGGGCCGAUACAUCACCAGGGUGACCGUGUUCGUGUCCCAGUACGACUUCUAGGAGGAGGUAGGGGAGGAGGGGGAGGUGGGGGAGGAGGAGGAGUUGGUGGUGGGGGAGGAUGAGGAGGUGGAGGAGGAGGGGGAGGAAGAGGUGGGGAGGUUGAGGAGUAGGAGGUACCAUGGGGGGAUAGAUUGACUCCACCACAGAUUGUUAAUCAUGUUACAUGAAAUUCCAAAAGUGAAUACCAAUAAUUGCAAAUGGAAAUUUCUGAAAUAAUACCUCUAGAAUGAUAUUUAUAAAGGCAGAAAAUUAGCAAGCAACCAGCUGUCAAUAUUCUAUAAUUGUAUUGUAGAUCAAUAGAUGGAUACAUUAACAGUGAAAAGACGACCAAGAUGGCGGAUUUGAGCGUGCACACAUCAUGUGAAACACCUCCAGCAAAAGUUUUUUUCCUAAUAGUGAAUGGACCCUCGAAAGCUGAUGAGCCACAGAAUACGGGCCUUGGUGAUUAGUUCCCCACACGAUAAUGUCCAGUGAUUUAGGAAGCAUUAAUGAGAUCCUAAUGUGUUGUGAUGUAGACCCAUAGGAAACAGGACAUAGCUUCUAAUGUCUCAAAAUAUAGACCAAUAGGAAACAGGACAUAGCUUCUAAUGUCUCAAAAUAUAGACCAAUAGGAAACAAGACAUUCUUAUGUCUCGAGAUAUAGACCAAUAGACAGCAGGACAUAACUUCUUAUGUCUCGAGAUAUACAGUAGAUCAAUAGGAAGCAAAACUUCUUCUUGCAAACCAACGAUGAAAAGAUGGCAGCUGUUCGCUGUGACAUAGAGAGCAUGAAGGAUAAAUUGUUCAUGUAAGUAGAUAAGUUAGUAACUGAACAUGUCCUGUGUUACUUUAACCUGUCAGGUAUAAACAUAAAUAGGUUAGGUGAAGUAACAUGCACUAAAUGGCUUUAGUUGGAAGUUUACAGUUACAAAAUAAAGCAGAGGAAAUAUAUAUACCAGCCAGUAUCUGACAAUAUUUAAGUGAUUAAGACUGUAUAUUUGAUAUUGAUGUGCAACAAUUUUCUACUCUUCCUUGCAGUCCGACUUUAAA